UAACGUGCUACCCACUGCGCAACCGUGCCGCCCCUAAAAUUUAGAUAAGAUGUCUAAUCUAAAAAUAGUGUAAGGGUGCCUAAUCUUAAAGUUGAACCCUAGUAUAUAAUGGCGCCCGCUUUUUAAACAAGUCCCCAACUAGUUUCUCUUAUACAGUGAGGAUUAUUUUUUUCAAAUAUAAAUACAUACGCAUUUUAGCAAUAAUCACCAGAAGAAAUUUCGUUGAAUGAAUGCGGGCGCUUUUCUCGUAUUGCCGCGCGGCGGCCCCACACCAAAGGGUUAAGCGCUCAGCACCUCACGAGGCCCUCUAGCGACUGUUGUGCUUUUUUCACCUCUUCGCUUCUGUGCUUGUAGCCGCGCCGCAGAAAUAAGAAAGCUCACAUUUCUCCCAUCUGACCAGUGUGGAAGAAAAAAGAGCAAGCAGUCUUCGCGACUCUACCGCACUAUCUUUCAAGGGGAAAUAAGGAAAAUAAAGAAAUCCAAAAAAACUCACGAGCACAAAAGAAGCGAAAUCGACCAUUUAGGCGUAAACGCCGAUUUGGUUUCUGCAGAAAAGAAAGGGGAAGGAACCAAAGGAAAAAAGAAGGGACGUGGAAAGAGCCGGACCAGUGAUUUGGCCUAAUGUGUCAGAGAAACCUGCACACCUUCAUACAGAAUGACUGACUUAAAGGAUCCAGUGCUGUCUUUGUUCCCCACCAUGGAUUCAUAAAAGAUACCUAAAUGUAAUUAUGGGGAACUCAAGAAAGUGAAAGCCAAAGGAGUCAUGCAAGGAAAAUGGAAGGGAAAAUGAAUGUGCUACACUCAAAUGGACUUUAUCAGAUGCAAACCCAAAGGUUUUCUCUUGUGUUGGGCCAGCUGUUGUCAACUACAGCUUCUGGAAAUUUUGGCAGAGUGCACUUAAGGCUACUGGCACUAACAGACUGUAAUGCCUAGGCAAUGACCUGCAACAGCUGUACCAAGUUGGUGUGUUCUUGUAACGCUCAUAGUACCCUUCCUUCAAGUAACUGUCAAGCCAGCUCUUCAAAAAAAUCAGCAAGGAAAUCAAGAACUUGGAGAUUAAAAAGUAAAAUAAAUAAGUAAAGUGGGAGAGAAGGAAUUUCAAAAUCAGAUGACUCAUUUCUUAGACUCUUUUCCCAAAAACAUUCUGCAAUGGUGACAUGAAAAUCAUGCAGCCCGGUGAGCCGAUUUUUAACAUUUUUAAAAGCGGUGUCAUUAAAUAUUUUAAAAACAAACAUUUUUAAAAAGAAAUAUGCAUUUGUGUGGAAGAGUGAGACGAGUUUUUCGACAACUAACAUUGCAGACAAGCUUGCUGCUGCUUUUUGCAUUCUGUAUGGUCAGUGUCUUCAUCUCUGCAUACUUUCUCUAUGGCGUCAAGAGAGAGCUGGAGCCAGCAGUUGAAGGGCCCCCUCCAGACUGUGAUGACUCGAAGGUGACACCUUCUCGUCUGCUGCCUCUUAAGAACCUGAAGCCUGUGGACACCUCUCGCACUGACCCUGUGGUGUUGGUGUUUGUGGAGAGCUUAUAUUCUCAGCUGGGACAGGAGAUUGUUGCUGUGCUGGAGUCUAGUAGGUUUAAAUAUCAAACGGAGAUUUCUCCAGGUAAAGGCGACAUGCCUACUCUCACUGACAAAGACCGGGGACGCUUUGCUCUUAUUAUUUAUGAGAACAUUCUCAAGUAUGUUAAUUUGGAUGCCUGGAAUCGAGAAUUACUGGACAAGUAUUGUGUGGAAUAUGGAGUUGGAAUCAUUGGCUUCUUCAAGGCAAAUGAAAACAGUUUGCUAAGUGCCCAGCUGAAAGGAUUUCCUCUGUUUCUGCACUCUAACCUAGGAUUAAAGGACUGCAGUGUGAAUCCAAAAUCACCUCUACUGUAUAUUACCAAGGCCAAGGAAGUUGAACGGGGACUGCUGCCAGGCGAUGACUGGACGGUCUUUCAGUCCAAUCACUCCACAUAUGAGCCAGUUCUUCUGGCCAAAACCAAAUCAGCAGAGAGCAUUCCUCAGCUUGGCGUUAGUGCUGCUCUGCACACAUCUGUGGUGCAGGAUUUAGGUCUUCAUGAUGGCAUCCAGAGGGUCCUCUUUGGAAACAAUCUCAACUUCUGGUUGCACAAGCUAGUCUUUGUAGACGCUGUGUCUUUCCUGACUGGCAAAAGGCUUUCAUUGUCCCUUGAUCGGUACAUCUUGGUGGACAUCGAUGACAUUUUUGUUGGCAAAGAGGGAACACGUAUGAAAGUAGAAGAUGUCAAGGCUCUGCUCAACACCCAAAAUGAACUGCAAGUUCAUGUUCCAAAUUUCACCUUCAAUCUUGGAUUCUCAGGGAAAUUUUUUCACACAGGUACAGAUGAGGAAGACCACGGGGAUAACCUCUUACUCUCCUAUGUAAAGGAGUUCUGGUGGUUCCCACACAUGUGGAGCCACAUGCAGCCCCACUUGUUUCAUAACCAGUCAGUGCUGGCUGAACAGAUGAUGCUCAACAAAAAAUUUGCUGCUGAACAUGGCAUUCCUACCAAUAUGGGAUAUGCUGUUGCACCUCACCAUUCUGGAGUGUAUCCUGUUCAUGUCCAAUUGUAUGAAGCCUGGAAAAAAGUUUGGGGUAUUAAGGUUACCAGCACAGAAGAAUAUCCUCAUCUGAAGCCAGCACGGUAUCGCAGAGGCUUUAUACACAGCGGAAUCAGUGUUCUUCCUCGACAAACCUGUGGCUUAUUUACUCACACUAUCUUCUACAAUGAGUACCCAGGAGGUCCUAAGGAGCUUGAUAAAAUCAUUAAUGGGGGAGAACUCUUUCUUACUGUCCUGCUGAACCCGAUCAGUAUUUUUAUGACUCACCUAUCAAAUUAUGGUAAUGACCGCCUUGGACUGUACACUUUUAAAAAUCUCAUCAAGUUUAUUCAGUCCUGGACCAACUUGAAAUUGCAAACCCUACCCCCUGUCCAGUUGGCACAAAGAUACUUCCAGAUAUUUCCAGAGGAACGGGAUCCACUUUGGCAGGAUCCCUGUGAAGAUAAACGACAUAAGGAUAUCUGGUCAAAAGAAAAAACAUGUGACAGGUUUCCCAAAUUGCUCAUUAUUGGACCUCAGAAAACAGGUACAACAGCACUGUAUUUAUUUUUGGGAAUGCAUCCUGACCUAACAAGCAACUACCCAAGCAAGGAGACAUUUGAAGAAAUUCAGUUCUUCAAUGGGCACAACUACCACAAAGGGAUUGACUGGUACAUGGAAUAUUUCCCCAUUCCAUCCAACACCAGUUCUGAUUUCUACUUUGAGAAAAGUGCCAAUUAUUUUGACUCUGAACUGGCAGCUAAACGGGCAGCUGCUCUUUUACCUAAGGCAAAAAUCAUUACUAUUCUCAUCAACCCAGCUGACCGAGCAUAUUCCUGGUACCAGCAUCAGCGUGCUCAUGAUGACCCAGUGGCUCUGAAAUAUACUUUUCAUGAGGUGAUCACAGCUGGGCCUGAUGCUCCUGCCAAGCUACGUAACCUGCAGAACCGUUGCUUGGUACCAGGCUGGUAUGCUACCCACAUUGAGCGUUGGCAAAAUCACUACCAUUCCAAUCAGAUCCUUGUACUGGAUGGCCAGCUUCUCAGGACUGAACCGGCAUCAGUAAUGGAUAAAAUACAGAAGUUUCUGGGCUUAACAAAUACUGUUAACUAUCACAAAAUAUUGGCGUUUGAUCCAAAGAAAGGAUUUUGGUGUCAACUGUUGGAAGGUGGAAAAACAAAGUGCCUGGGAAAGAGUAAAGGACGGAAGUACCCUGAAAUGGACUCUGAUUCUAGAUCCUUCCUACAGGACUAUUACAGAGAGCAUAACAUUGAACUGUCAAAGCUGCUCUAUAAAAUGGGACAGUCUCUGCCUACAUGGCUGCGAGAGGAACUACAGAACACCAGGUAGCAAGGACAUUGGAAAUGAUGUGGAGAAACUUUGUCAUUUUGCUUUGGAAACCAUAAAAUAUGUACAUUACUGAAUAAACUGGGACAGCCAAGCAACAAGACUGACAUAAGGCCCCAGAGAAGUAUUAAAACUGGUUUUUGUAAGCAUCUGAGGGACCAUGGGGAACGUGGACGAAGAUAGACGAGGGUCAGUAAAUACACUGAGAACUUGUGGACGCUUCCACUGUCGAAGAGAAGAGACCCCACAAUCUUCUUCAAUGGCCCAUGUAACAUAGAAGAGCUCAGAAAGAAGAUGAACUAACACAACAUCCGAGGAAGAAGUGUGCAAGAACAUGUGACAUAUAUUAGCAGUGGCAGUGUGUUUCCUUCUAUUUUUGUUUUAAGUUAGCAAUUUUUUACAGCUUUAUUACCACACAUGGUGGCCAGCGUUACAGUAUAACUGAUUCCACUCAGAGUGAAGUGAUUAUCCAGCCAUUUUCCUAGCCAUUAAGGACCUACAAGUGCCAGGAUGAAAUGUCUUUUCUCUGCUACUAAUAUGGACAGUACCUGUAUUUAGUCUUGAUUUUUUUUUUUUUUUAACUUUUAAUUUAUCCAGAUUAAUUUUUUAAACUUUUUUUUUUUUUUUAGCCAAGAGAGAUGUAAUGGUACUGUAGACAAGUCAAAUAGAUGGUUUAUGGAGGUGGUUAGAUGUUCUGUACAUAAUGCAUUGAGAAGUUGUACAACUUCACAUAGCAAAUAAAUGGACAGAGCAGCAGUAAAAUUUUACUUUAAUUUCUGAGAAAUUUUUUUUAUUAUAGAAUGAUAAACUGUGAUGUUAAAAGUUAAACACUUCUCGUAACUUCUGGAAAAAUUUAUCAAAAUAUAGCCCAAGAGAGAGUCGUUUCAUUUAGGUGUCACCAAAAAGCACUUAAUUGAAACAUUUUGUCUUUUGGACUUUUUAGCUGUUAGAAUUCUAUAUGGAAUAAUUUAAACAACCGUGAAACUGAAGCUUUUAAUUCACAGGAUUCCAAAGCACGAAGUAUGCACAGAAAUGAAAAUAUGCAACACAAAAUGUGAAAGACUGAUAGCAUGUGAAACUAUUUCUUGCAUUCCAGUAAACAGGUUCAUAAAGGGCGCACUAAAAUGUCAAGGUUUUCUGUAUUUAACAGAUGGAAUAAUAUAUUUUAUAGUCCUGUGUUGCAAAGUGUACUUUACAGUAUAGCGGGCUUCACAAGACGGAGAGCUGUUUGAAUGUAGCUAUAGUGCAUUUGUCAGUUUGAGCACAUAAUUGACAUUUCUGAAGCUGCCUCUGCAUGCAGACACAUGCAGCAAUGCCGUACCUUCAAGCAGGUAGAUGGAUCAGAAAUUGGACAGCUAAAGGGAGGACAGCAGCAAACAUAUUUGGAAGAAAUAAGAAGAAACACUAGGUAAUCGUCCAGUAUUCUUGCUUCACUUUAGUAGCUAUAUUUGGCUGUAGGAUCAGUAUUCACCUGAGUUACAGAGCAGUGUCACGAUUUUGAGCCAAGAUGACUCAAGUCUGCAUUUCUAUUUCAGGCAAGGUCAUAAAUUCAAGAUGUAAUCUUCCUUUAAACAAAACAAGAAUGCCCCUUCUCUAUUUGAUUCAGAGAACAAGCGAGGUAAAGGCAAUCUGUCCAACUGACGUCAUCUGUUUAUUAGCAAGUCAGUCUCACAUGGAAAAUCUGCACUCGGCAUUUAGAGCGGAAAUGCCUCACUUGUAAGCAAAAACGCCAUUGUUGAUUUAAAUUGAACAUCAAACAAAAGCACUGCAGGUAGAGGAUUAUUGUAAGUUGCAGAUGAGAUCAAACAUGUAAGCCUUCAAAUAGGUGUCAAGUGAUGAUCCCUUUCACAAAAACGUAAUUAGUUCAGCAUAUUUCUAGCAUUUCAGAUUUUGUCAGAGCCACUUUUUCAGGACGUUUUAAUCUGGAAACGUCAAACCUGACAAAUUCAGUGUUCAUUUAUUAUCCCCGGUGUAUUUUUUCAGUCACAUUAACACCGCAUCCUUUUUCUUUUCUUCAAUGAACUCCCAUAACAUUUUCUGUCUCUAGACCACGUUCUGUCCCAUGUAGACAUCACGUUUGUCUUUUUCUUUUUUUUUAAUUUGGUUUUAAAAGCUGCUUUGAGUAAGAUGGAGGAAAGUCCCCUAUGCUGCUGUUUACAUUUAGUUGUCUUGCAAAGCUUGAGAAAGACCAACCAUAGUGCAAGUCAUAGGUAGAUGAGGUGGCCAUCUUAUCAAAAACUAAUGAUGUUAAAUGGCUAAUAUUUAUGGGUACCUGUGAGUCAUUUAACAAAUAACACUGUAGUUUUAGCAUCAAGUUGAAUUUCCUGGUGACAGUAUUAAAGAAAACCAACGCCAACCCUUUACUAUUCUCUACUCAUUUUCGUCUAGUUUACAGUUAGUUAUGUAUUGAUCAUUGGUUACAAUUUUUCUUUUUUUUUUUUUCCAAACUAAGCAAGUGUCAAGGGUAUGCAACAAUUGGAAACUAAAAGAAAUUCGGUUCUCCUAUUCUCCCCCACUAUAUAUAUUUUUUUAAGUUCCAGUAUUUUUUUCUUUUAAAAUGUAUUGAUCUCACACAAGUUGUUUUCAAAAUGGUUAUUUCAAGUUAAAGAAACUUUAUGUACAUGUGGAUAUAAAUGUUAGAGAAUACAGUAUUUUGUUUUAAAUAAUAAACAUUUUUUUUUCCU